GAACUAAUAGUACUUGGAGAUGAACAACCAUGUUUCCAUCCUAGCGGUUCUCAUCGUCUAUGUCUCUGUUGUUCUCCUGCUCAAUUCCCAUGUAGGGUUAUGCAGCUGCUACAAGCGCAUCUUCAGUUUUGGUGAUGAUACCAUGGACACUGGCAAUUUCGUACACUUGAUUGGGAAGGCCCCAUCUAAGUACAAGGAAGCUCCCUAUGGCAAGACAUUUUUUAGACAUGCAACUGGCCGCAUUUCCGAUGGUCGUGUCCUCAUUGAUUUCUAUGCGGAAGCACUCAAGCUACCAAUGAUACCACCAAUUUUACCUGAGAAGAACUCUGGGUAUUUCCCGCAUGGCGCCAACUUCGCUGUGUUGGGUGCCACAGCACGUGACAGACUCUUCUACUCAGGGAGCCCAUGGUGUCUAGGGGCACAAAUAAGUUGGUUUAAUGAAAUGGUGGAUCGUAUAGCUCCUGGAGACGCUGCCAAGGAGCAAUUUCUAAGCGAUUCUCUUGUCGUGUUGGGUGGAAUUGGUGGCAAUGACUACUACUCAUAUUUCAUCGAUGGUGAACCUCCCAAGGAUGGAAAUAUCAUUUCAGAUGUCAUCGCAUACAUAAGCCAUAUGAUCGAGGAACUUAUUCUCAUUAAUGGUGCGAAAGCAUUCGUGGUCCCCAAUAACUUCCCCAUUGGGUGUUUGGCAUCAUACCUAAGUAGAUUCCAUAGUGACAACCAUGAGGACUACGAUGAGCACGGGUGCAUUAAGUCAUUAAAUGAGUUCUCCCAAAAGCAUAAUGAACAACUUUAUUCUGAUAUCGGACGACUCAGAUUCACUUACCCAAAUGUGAAGCUAAUAUAUGCUGACUACUACAAUGCCACCAUGGAAUUCAUCAAAAACCCUGGCAGAUUUGGUAUUGGUGAUCCUCUAGUAGCAUGUUGUGGCGGCAAUGGACCUUACCACACCAGCAUGGAGUGUAAUGGAACGGCAAAGCUUUGGGGUGAUCCACACCACUUUGCCAAUUGGGAUGGCAUGCACAUGACAGAGAAGGCAUACAACAUCAUUGUGGAAGGGGUGUUAAAUGGGCCAUUUGCCGAUCCUCCAUUUUCCCUUAGUUGCUAGGAUUAAUUAGACUUGCAUUUCUUUACAACAUGUAGCCUACAUUUUAUAAUAAUGGAAGUAUUUUUUAUUU